UAUCAUUGGAUCUAUUGUGAUGAAUCAUUCAACCCCAAAUAUGAACUCGACACCAUCCUUUCCUGGAUCAUCACCGUGGACUUCAACGCUUAAAUCGACUUCAAUGUCGAAUUUUAUGACAGAUGUAUUGACAACCGUCAACGCUUUCAGCGGCAUAGGAAACGCGACGCCGCCCUCUACGUUUGGUCCAAGCAGCCUGGUGGUGCCUGUUUCAAGGUCAACGUAUAACUACCUCACAGUCUACACAGGUUUUCUAACCAUCUUCGGGAUACUCAACAACGGCUUGGUGAUGGUUCUCUUUGCUAGAUAUCCAUCAUUACGGCAUCCUAUCAAUAGCUUUCUCUUUAAUGUCAGUUUAAGUGAUCUCAUAAUCUCGUGCCUGGCCUCACCCUUCACUUUCGCCUCAAACUUUGCAGGUCGAUGGCUCUUUGGAGAUUUGGGAUGUACCCUUUAUGCAUUCUUAGUUUUUGUUGCUGGGACGGAGCAGAUUGUUAUUCUGGCAGCCCUUUCAAUUCAACGAUGUAUGCUGGUUGUAAGACCAUUCACUGCUCAGAAGAUGACCCAUAACUGGGCUGUAUUUUUUAUUGCUCUCACAUGGAUCUACUCACUUAUCAUCUGUUUACCACCUCUUUUCGGAUGGAAUAGCUACACUUAUGAAGGACCAGGAACGGCUUGCUCUAUUGCUUGGAACUCCAACUUACCCGGUGAUUCUAGUUACAUCAUCUUCAUCUUUGUCAUGGUUCUCGUUAUCCCAUUUACCAUCAUCAUCUUCUCUUAUGGACUCCUUGUCUACGCAGUCAAAAAAAUAUCACAGACUCAAGCUGCUAUGUCGUCAGAAGCUAAGGCAGACCGUAAAGUUACUAAGAUGAUCUUCAUCAUGAUCACCUUCUUCCUCAUUACAUGGGCACCCUAUUCUGGUUUCUCUCUUUACGUUGCCUUUGGGGAAAAUGUUGUUAUUACUCCCCUGGCCGGUACCUUUCCGCCUUUUUUCGCCAAGCUGUGUACCAUUCAUAAUCCAAUCAUCUAUUUCCUCCUAAAUAAACAGUUCAAGGAUGCUCUCAUACAAUUCCUUUGUUGUGGUGAAAACCCAUUUGAUCGUGAUGAGUCUGACCAAGGAGAACGUCGACAUCGACCACUUGGUGGUCGAACUGGAGCUUCGGGAACGAAUCCUCAAGGUGGACGAGGUCGAGCGUCAAGCUUACCGACUGCUACAUCCAUGCUUGACAUCCCACAGGCGGCCUCAACCUCUGCGUUACAGAACAAACAUAACCUAGAACAGGGUGGCGCCUCGACGACCAAGGACGAUAGGGUUUUCGAAAUUUCGUCUAAAAUUCAAAAGUUUGAAAUAUCCGAGAAAAUGAAUGCAUCGUGUUCCCAAGAUGCGUCAGGGGCACCAUCAUCGUCGGGCGUAAUGAAGCCUACAAGGAGAGCUAUGAAGAACCAAGUUGGGUAUUUACCGCCUGUUGAUAACUGAAAGAUAUAUGCCUUAAAAUGACUUCAUUCAAAAUCACACAAAGCUGGUUAGUUUUUUCUUGAUUGAAUAACAUAAACGAUGGUUCUGAAUCUUGAUUUCUGAAUAUAGACAUGCAUUUCAGAACUACAGAGGGGUACAUUUGCCUUGACAAUGGUUUGUUUCAACACCAAGCCUCCCACCACGCAAGACCAACCACAUGCCAUGGCCAAUAAUUCACGAUACAUUGUGGUUCACAUUGAUACAAGUAGGUCCAUCGACGUAUUGAAAAAACACAUUGAAUGACGAAAUCAUUAUUGUUCGCCAUGUUGUAAACAUUAACUUGUUUCCUUUUAUGAUGUCUUGUUUUUUGUACAUACAUUAUUAUCUAAUAUUACACAAACAGGAUCAGAAGUGGAUAAAGUAUGAAAAAAAAAACAUAUAGUCGGAUAUAACUCAAACAUGAACAAUUUAUCAAAAUUGGUGUUGUUUGAAAAAAUAAUAAUAUUUAAUUUUUGAAAGAAAAACGUGCACUUCAUUUCUGGGGUUAUUGCGCAGUGGAAAAGAGAGAUCUUACAGAGAGUACAAUGUUGAAAAUGACAUCAUGAUGUCCAACCUUGGUUAAAAGAUCGUAACAUAGCUGAAUACAAAAUUAUCUUGUCCCCUUCAUUACCAUCAUGAGUCAUCUCAGUCCGUCAUUCAUCCGUCACGCGUCCGUCAUCCUGCAUAAAUGUUAACAUUCAUUUACAAUUUUCUUGUGACAACUAACCUCUCAAUUAUUGAUCAGAUGACAACCAAACUUGAAAUGAAAAGGACUCUGCAUGGAUGUACAUUUUUGAAGAUGGGUGAGAUCACACAAUUCGGUCAAAGUCUUUGGCAUUUAUAAGUUAUAACUUGUACAUAACCCCCUAAAAAAGACUUUCACUGUCUUGUUCUUGACGGAAUUUCACCAUUUAAAGAAUUAAAAAAAAAACGUUCGUUCUUGAAUUAUUUACUCUGAAUUUAUUCUAAUUUGAGUGAUUCUUGACAUCACUACUGUGGAGUGAAAAGUGAGUGAAAAUACACGCAUUCUUUUUAAGAAAAAUACAUCAGAUUCAUACCAUGAAAUGGGUGGCUCCAAAUCUUUUACUGUUCCUCGGGCAAUUUCUAAACAUUAUCUGGUAGAAUAGAGAAUUUUUUAUAGAUCUUAUAUAUUCAUUGCAAACCAUCGUAGCAGGGCGAAAACUCUAUGAGAAGUUAUGGGCAACUUGGGUUAGCUACUGUACCCUAUAUACGUGUAAGUAAGUGGCGCAAUGAGCCAAUAUUUUUAAGGGGCCAGGUAUGGAGUAUGAGGAAAAAAUUACAACAAGCAGCAAGUGAGCAAAAUUUUCGACCUAUUAAAACCUAAUUGUGUGAUAGAUUUUCACAUAAUAUUCAGAGGAUAAUACCAUAUUUCGCCUUUCCUUUUCUGUUCUUUUCUCUCUUUUUAUUUGCUUGGUGUUGAAAAUCUUAGGGGGUUCAUGUCCAUGUCCCUAAGCCCCCCCCCCCCCAUAUGUACGCCUUGUGCCCGACAUACGGAACCUUUUUACAUGUAUUUUUCGGAGAUGAUAAUUUGUCUGCCUUUUUAUGGCGCUUGGGUGAGCCCGCCAUUCUACCAGAGGACAGUUAAAAAUUUGUGGCGCUUUACAGUCAUGUAGGCCUAUAGGUGUAUGAACGAUGAAAGGAAACAGAACUGUGCAUGACAUGGUGGUGUACAACAUUACGCUCCCGGAUUAUGCUGUCACUAUUCUUUAAAAAGUACCCAUCAAUCCCAUUUGUUGGCAGGUCCAAGACUUACUACUGUAGUUCACGUUGUUGUAAUCUUAUAAUGUAAAUUCAAGCCAAAUUGAGAUCACUUUCAUGAUAUCUGGUCUUUUCGUGAAAAUGUAUUGUUACAUUAAUGUUAAUAAUAAUUUUCAUAUAACUCUGAAUUAAUUGGGUUUAUACUUGAGACAAAAUGAAGUUAGUAUCUCAUAAUAGUGUUAUAGAUAAGAUUGUGUAAAACAGAAUAUAGAAAUGAAGAGCCUUUUUAUGCAUUGUUGAUAUACGUUGCUGAAAAACAAAAAUGCUAUGAUGAUUAAAAAAACGUAUCAUCUCUUUGAUUGUGGAAUAACGGGGAAAGUGCUUUAAAUGGGUUUUUGGUGCUCACAACAGUGAAUGAAACAUCCAAACUAAUCACCAAGAGUUCUCAAAGGCGACACUUUUAAAAAGGUUAACCCCUGUUCUCUGGCGCGUUAUUUCACAAAACCUAACGAUCCUAAGCGAAUCAGUGAUGGAGCUUUUGUUAAUGUUUAUUACCCUGAUUUAGAAAGGGGUGUUUAUUUGUUCCAUCUAGUAUCAGAACUAAGCAACAGAAUGGUGCGCAAACGUGAUGCAUUCAUGUGAAGGAUUUUUAGGAGGGUU